AUGAAUGCAAUCAAUGGCGUGCCGUACCCGAUUAUUCUAGGAAUGGCUUUUCUGAAAGCAAACCAAGCUACUCUAGAUCUGAACCGAAAUACUAUAAAGUUAGAGGGACAAAGGACGUCGAGACUAAGUCAAACAAAAGUAAUUAAGAAGGAAACACCAUCAGGUAUAGCCAUAAAUCAAUUAAACCAAAAACGAGAUGAACGAAAGAAGAGCAGACCAAGAAACAAGUUCGGAAGAUUCAGGCAAAAUGAAUCUAAAAUAACCCAACAGGAAAUCGACAAUAGAAUACAAGAAGUAACGGGAAAAAAUGAAGAUUCGCUACACGUCUUGGGGGUGAACAGGCAUAUGGAAACCAGAGGAUUAAACGAACAAAUGAAAGGGAUGUUCCCGGAUCUAAAAAGAUCACCAGGAAGAGUAGGACAAGUAACGAUAGAAUCACUGGGAGGCAAAAUAGCUCUUUUCCAUGUAUAA